AUGAAAUUAGAUACUAGUCAUAUGAGAUAUCUUACAGCAGACGAUUUUAAAGUCUUGCAGGCUGUUGAACAAGGUGCCCGUAACCAUGAGUUAGUUCCAACACAAUUAAUUCACCAACUAUCCGGGAUGAGGUCUAUAUCAGGUACUAAUCGUGCGAUUAGCGACUUAGCUAAACUGAAACUUGUUUCUAAGCUACGUAAUGCCAAAUAUGAUGGUUAUUGCUUAACUUAUAAUGGAAUGGAUUACUUAGCAUUGAAGUCCUUACUGAACAAAAAUGCUCUUUAUUCUGUUGGUAACACUAUCGGUGUUGGUAAAGAAUCCGAUAUCUAUCAGGUCAGCACUUCAACUUCAGAAGCCUUGGUGAUGAAAAUUCAUAGGCUAGGAAGGACUUCGUUUCACACAGUUAAGAAUAAUAGAGAUUAUUUGAAGCGGGGUCAGAGUGCUAGCUGGAUGCAUUUAUCAAGUUUAGCUGCGAACAAAGAAUACCAAUUUAUGAAUUUGCUGUACAGCAAGGGUUUCAAGGUUCCCAGACCGUAUGAUAACUCUAGACAUAUUAUUUUGAUGGAAUAUAUUAAGGGUUACCCUAUGAGACGUUUGAGAGAACAUAAAGAUUUGCCACGGUUAUAUAGUGAGUUGAUGAAAUUUAUCGUACAAUUAGGUAACCAUGGUUUAAUUCACUGUGAUUUCAACGAAUUUAAUAUAAUGAUUAAAGAUAAAACUGAUGGUCCGGAUGAUCUGGGUUUUAUUGUUAUUGAUUUCCCACAAUGUAUAUCCAUUCAGCAUAAAGAUGCGGAAUACUAUUUCCAAAGAGAUGUUGAGUGCAUUAGAAGAUUCUUUAAAAAAAAAUUAAAAUAUGAACCCAUAAAAGAUUCUACGUUUCUUGAUAUGGAUGGUUUUGGUGAUGGUUAUAAGUAUCCAUAUCCAGUGUUUAGUAGAGAUGUGCGGAGAAGUGAUAAUCUGGAUGAACUUCUUCAAGCAUCGGGAUUCAGCAAAAAGCAUCCAGGUGAUAGAGAUUUGGAGUCAAGCAUGGAUACAAUGAGAAACGCUACAUAUAGUGAUGAUGAGCGCAGUGAUGCUGAAUGCGAUGAUAUUGAUGAGGAUUCCGAUUGUUAUAAUGAAAUUUAUUCUGAGGAGCUUGAAUCUUCGGGAGAUGAAGAUCAUGCUGAAGAAAAUGAACGCAUAAUUGAAGCUCUAUCAACUGGCCUAGGUAAUUUAAAGAUGGAUAACUUAGGAAACUAUAUUUUGGAAGAAUAG